CAAAAUAUGAAUUCCCCUCGCUAGUGUAGCACAGUCAUCUUUGGCAUCUCGCAAAGAAGUCGAAUUUCUUGUGUUCUCUCUUAUUUUGGAUUUUUUACCAAUUCAUCGAAAACAUGUCUCUUGAAGAAAAAUUCAGCGCUGCCGCCAGCUCCGUAAAGAACAUGAAGGCCCGCCCUGCAGACCCCGAGCUCCUCGAGCUGUACGCUCUCUACAAGCAGGCCACCUGCGGAGACUGCGCCACUGAUAAACCAAGUGCAGUCGACUUGAAAGGCAAGGCUAAAUGGGAAGCAUGGAAUGGAAAGAAAGGUAUGGGCCAAGACGCAGCUAAGGAUGCUUACGUCACCUAUGCUAACACUCUCAUUACUAAGUAUUGAGGUGUUUCCUGCAAUUCCUUGCUUCCAAAGGCGGAGAUAAAGUCUACCCACUAUUUAAAUUCCAAAAAAAAAAAAAAUCUAUCUUCGCUUUUUUUUUUUUCUUUCAACUUUACCAGUCAAAACCUCACUGCCUAACAUUCCAAAGAGAGGUGGAAAGAUAAACAAAAUUUUUCAGAUUACAGAAAACUCAAAAAAUUCUUCCAUAUGAUCUCCAUCAAUCGCCUUUAAUUUAUUUUCCGGAAUUUAUAAUUUAAAAGAAAAUUAUAUUUUCUAAAAGAAAACGGUUGAUUUUGUCUUUUGUUGAACUAAAUUUUAAAAAUGUAACUGGACCAAGAAAUUUCAAAUUUCUUUGCUGAAACUAUUCAGCCAUUUUAUAUAUUUGACUGAAUCUCCGUUUUCUUCAUCUGUAUAGUCUCGUCGCAUUCUUUAAUUUUAUUUCCUUCGAUUUUCAUUUCCGAAAAUGAAUAUCAAAACCUCUGUUCCUAUGGAUGCAUGUGUAUAUUUUUACAUAAUGGAAAUAAAAAAUACAAAAUGUUC